GCGACGUGACCCGGAAGCGGAAAUGCUGCUGUUCUGCCCAGCCUGCGGGAACGUGCUGGUGGCCGAGGAAGGCGCGAGAUGCCACCGCUUCGCCUGCACCACGUGUCCCUACGUGCGCAACGUCACGCGCAAGGUGAGCAGCCGGAAGUACCCGAAGCUGAAGGAGGUGGACGACGUGCUGGGCGGCGCUGCGGCGUGGGAGAACGUGGACUCCACGGCUGAGCCGUGUCCCAAGUGUGAGCAUCCGCGUGCUUACUUCAUGCAGAUUCAGACCAGAUCAGCUGAUGAGCCCAUGACCACCUUCUAUAAGUGUUGCAAUGCCCAGUGCGGCCACAGGUGGAGGGACUAAUUUUUGCUUCAGAUUUAAUUUCUUUAGUAUCAUUUUUGCUGUUUGUUUGAAAAUUCUCCAGCUGGGUUCUAUGAAAGAUGGUAACAUGGAAAUAAGUGUCUCUGGAUCCAGCUGUUGCAUAAAGUUAAAUUAACACUGGCUGCUGCUCGUGCAGGCAUUCACCAUAAUCUGAUGGUCCAGGGGCUGAAUGUUAUGCGUACACUGCACAUUUUCCUGAUAGCAAACAUUGUUAGAACAAAGAACUGCCUCUGUUUAGAGAUUAUAUGCAAAAAACUAUUUAUUCAGCCGUUCCCACUGCAACGCUGCUCUUUUAUAGGGAUGCAUUAAGUUAUCAUUUAUUACUAACCACAGCUGUGAUCUAAGAUUGCAGGCUAAGAAAUGGCAGGAAUGGUCAGUAUCUAGAUGGGAAACAGAUAAAUAAAAUGUUUAAGUCGUACUAUUGCUUCAUUGGGUGAUGCUUCCCCUGGAUCAGUACUGAACCCACAGGACUGGGGCCCUAUGCUCUCUACAGAAACCUGACAAAGACUGUCCCCUUGCCCUAGAUUGCUUAUGAAUGAAAGGAAAAAAAAAAGACAGGUGAAAGAUGAGGGGAAAGAGAUACAGCAUACAAGGAGCACGAUCAGAGUGAUGGAGAGGAAUUGUCAUUUUAGUUUUGUGUUUCAAUAUUUAACUCCUGUCCCUGGAUAGUAUGAGGCCAGUGUGUGAGUGGAGGUGGCUUCUGUCUCAUAAGACCAGGGACCUGACUGCUGGACACUAAGGAUACCACAGUGCUUUUUUCAGACUUAUAUAAAAAACAGGCCUUGUCUAUGUUCAAAGUUGCACUGAUUUAACUAACGGUGUGUUUAAAAAGACCUCCAGCAACUAGUGAAACCAGUGCAAAUCCCUGUGUUGACACAGUAGGAUUUAAACCUAACAUAUUGAUGUAUUUUGAUUCCUUAGGGAGUUAAUAUAAGCCAGCUUGAAGUCAAAUUAAGAGUGUCCAGUAGUUUUACUAAAGUUAAACUAGUGCCAUUUCAAUAUAGACAGAUGUUCUCCUUCUCAUAUUUAUUCAGUGUCAAGUAACCAAGUGACUUUUCACUAGAAACUACUGCAGUGUAAUGUAAUUUUUCCCAUCGCUGGGUUACCCUAAAAUUUAGAUGCCAAUUAAAUUAGCCUACAAUGAUGCUUUUAAUUUAACAAAAGGGUAACAAGGUUGUGGCCCGCCCUAAAGGAAUUGCCAGAGCUUUACCGGGGGCUUGUUUCUGACCUGCAGAGAGCUCCCAAGAGCAAGCUAGUCUUGCUAACCCCUGAAAGGACACGGAUACAGCCUUCUGCUCAAGGAUGGACACACAAGCAGAAAUUCUUCAAAAACAAAAAUUAUUUAUUUAACAGAAAUAGAAGUUACAGUGGGUUUAAUAAGGCAAGAAAAGAUACAGCAUUUAAUACAGCACAAUAGAAUUACAUUUAAGAAUUGUACAAUAAAGCAGUGCAACAAAAUAAAAAGACUACAUAGGAUAUCUAACACAUACAGGAAAUACAGUAGUUUCAAUGAAACAUGCAUAUAGGGAUCCCAUAUACACAAAGGCUUUUAGUUUUAGUGAUACAAUUUAACCCCGUACUUAAUACAAUAUGGUGUAUGUGACCUCUAUAUACACUUAUGAAAAACCAUUACCGUAUUCACAGAUUUAAACAUUUAUUUAGCAUCAAUAUUAACACUUAAUACUAAACAUUUAAAAUUGAGCAUCCUACAAAUGCUGGCCAAAUGGUUGCAGGAUGGGUAGGGGAGAGCUCACUCAAGGCACAGGCAUCUGGCUUUAUUUAUAGACAGAUCCAUAUAUUCUUAAAUGGUAGGUAGAAAAGAAGAUCAGACUUACACUUAUAUCCAAAACUCCCUCUGUAUCGUCUUAGGUCCUUCUGAUCUGUCUUCGUUUUAGGGACUGUAGUCUCUACAGUUGCGGUCUCUCUUCGAGCUGCUGGCAAGGUAGCUGCUAGCAGGCAGUUGUUCGUUGCCAAGGCAACCUUAGAAUUCUGCUGAUGAUCUUUGAGACUUCUUGAUCUUCUAGGUAGUGCUGUCUUGUCUUGCCACUCUUGCUCUUCUCAGUCUGCUGUCGAACUCACUAUGUCAAACUUGCUACAGUCUCAGCCUGCUGGCUGUCUGCCUUAUAUACUGGUUGCUCGCUCAAGGUUAGCUCAUUAAUAUAAUUUGUCUGGCUCAGCCAAUCUGCUUCCAGAUAUUAGCAUAUUUCAUCUUCCUGUCUAGAUUCUCCCCCUUUUAUUAGCAUAUUUGUACUUCCUGUCUUGCUUCUUCCCCUCCUACAUCAUCCUAUUUUUAGAUAACUAAGCUCCUCCCCUGAUGCCAUCUUGGAUUCUAGACCUUUCUGAGCUCCUCCCUCUGAUGCCAUCUUGUUUGCUAGAACUUUCCACUACUUAAAUUUUCUGCAUCAUCCCCCAUCUCUGCCGUUUUGGUAAGCCAUGUUGGAUUUUCUAUAUUUAAACUAUCAUUAGUUUCUACUUAGAACCUUAAUGUUAAAACUAAUUAAUAUUUUAUGCAAGCCAAAGUUUUCUGAUACUGUCACCACCUUAAUUAUAUCAAUUGGGAAAAAUUUUAUGAAUUUUAUGGUGUUUUUAAACCCCCUCUGAGGUUUUUCUGCAAGCUUUUAUUAAGGUGCUGCAAGGUAUUUCAGAACAUUCAGAGCAAAAAUCUCUUGGUACAACUGUGCUCUGAAAAACCAUCUACAGCCGUGAAAGAGAACCUGCAAGGGGCACCCGACUUUGGGGGUUCUGUCAUUGGAGCUUCACUUUCACACUCAGCUAGUUUUGAAAGUGGCGCCUAUGAGAGUGAGGUUUUACCUGGCCCGUAACCAGUUGGUACGUUCUACAGGUAGCACAUUUAAGAUGCUGCUGUAGAAAAUGACUUAGGGAAAGCAGCAUAUAAGUUCCAUAUUCAUCUUUCAGUGAUCUCGCAUCGAAUGGGACCAAUUUACAAGUACAAAGAUUUUUUUUUAAUUGCUAGCUCUGCACAUUCGCACUGGCAUUAGCACAUUUGUGCUUUUUCCAUUUCAUGGAUGAUCCAUAAAGACUUUGCAAGCACCUUGGUCUACAGUUCUGUUACAUGAGGUAGAAUAACAUUUAACUCCCUCUCCCAGAGCUGUGCUAGCUCUUCAGGAUCUGGAGGAGUAAAAAGUAGGAAAAAUUUACUUUGGCAGCAAUCUGCUGAGAAUCCUCAUAGGUUUGCCAUGUGUAAUGUCAUGGUUAGGGCCCUAUCAAAUGCAGGGUCCAUUUUGGUCAAUUUCACGGUCAGAGGAAUUUGAAAAUCAUAAAUGUCAUGAUUUCAGCUAUUUAAAUCUGAAAUUUCACAGUGUUGUAAUUGUAGGGGUCCUGACCCAAAAAGGACUGUGGGGUUAUUGUAGAGGGAGUUGCAUGACACAUUUUUCACGGCCGUGAAUUUGGUAGGGCCCUCAGCAUGGAGAAGCAGCACUCUCACAGCUUUGCUCCCUCUGCCCAGCCAUGCUCCAGAUUCAGAGAAGCCCAGCCACGUAGCGCUCAGAGAGGAGUGCUGUGUCGACUCAACUCCCUGCCUUCAAAUAAAUUUCAUGUCAAAGGAGCAAAAAAUAA